AACCGGCUCCGGGCUUCACUUGUCAGCGACACGGAGUCGAGAGGAGCGACUCGGGAGUCUCGGGUGACCAACAUUUAUUAUAUUUAACCACUUUGUGAAAUAACAGGGUUGUAAGCAACACACACGAGGAAGCCGCGGGCGAACCACGUGAUCAAAUGCGGAAAUUAUCCGAUAGAGUGAGUGUAGCGGAGGGAAGAGGGGAGUGGAGGUGUCGGUUUGUAGUCUGAGCUGCUGCUGCUGCUGGUGGUGCUGGUUGAACUCGCCGGACUCCCUGUGACCAAACAACACUUUCACACACGGUUAUCGGUCAUCUGUACAGCCCGGUGCCCGAGCUUCAGCCUCCGUGGAUAAAGUAAGGGUCGUUCUGAGGUCACACUGCUGAGAUGACAAGGCUGUGACAGUGUGUGUCCAAGUGUGACUGUGCUGGACCAAUUCCUGUGACAUGGCUGCUGCUAAGAAAAGUUGUGCGAAGGCAGGAGGCGUGCGCUUCUCAGAAGAGCCCCCCGCUGCUGGAGCCUCAUCACACGUUCACUUUGACGAAAAGCUGCAUGACUCCGUCGUCAUGGUGACUCCCGAGGAUGAUGGCAACUUCAUGGUCAAGGUCGGCUUCCUAAAGACGCAGCACCGGUAUGAAAUAGUGUUCACCCUGCCCGAGGUCCCAGCCCUGGGGAAGGAUGUGUGUCCAGCACCGGUGCCCAGUCCCCACCUCCGGAUCACUGAUAUCACACCAGCACCGGAGGGAGGUCUGAAGGUGACGUGCGAGUACAUGGCCCAGCAGGAGGGCGUUCUGUGUGAGGAGGUGCUGCUGCUGAGCGAGACCAACGAGGACGUCUGCGUUAAAGUCAAAGUUCACGCCAGAGUCAUGGACCGUCACCACGGUACCCCCAUGCUGCUGGAGGGCGUGCGCUGCAUCGGCGUGGAGCUGGAGUACGACUCCGAGCAGAGCGACUGGCAAGGCUUCGACUGAAGCUCAAGCUCCUGCUCCACAUCCAGUACACGCAAACACACGCAGCGUAGAACAGUACACACACCGAGUCUCACACACACACACACACACACACACACACACACACACACACAGGUGAUUUAGUGCCACGUAUUGUGCAGCAUGUGAUUCAGAGUUCAGUCGUGGAUUCAGAGGAAAUGGACAGAAGCGUUCCUCCGCUGUGGCGCUCACUGAACGGACAGUUCGUCAGUCUGCUUUCCUUCCGCUCCUCCAGCAUCUCCUGGUGAUGUUUCCCGUCGUGUUUUCCCCGUUCGAGCCUCUAGAGGGCGGCAGCGCUCUGCCAGUCUUCUGAUCAGUGCAGCCUCAGAUCCUUCUCACUGCCUCUCCUGCUCCAGUUCACUCUUCCCCUGAUGCACACAUGGCGUUUACAGUUGAGGGAGUAAACAAGGGCUCUUUUACUCAUCAAGCAGCUUGAGGUUGACCCAUAGGAAGAUGUACAAAUGUGCACAAUUCAGGGAGAAGAGUUGAACUGUAAUACCUCUGUGCAACCAUUAGGGGUCACCGCAGACCACUGUAUGUACAGCUCCUCCUGUGUGAAAGCUGUUCUGGAGUGCUGCCGCAGUGUUCUCCAUUUAAAGGAAGCAUUCGAACAUUUCACGGGGUGUCGUUCACGUUUCUGUCGUCCCUCUUUUCUCCUCAGCCUGCCCCUGAACGCAACGCCCCAAGUUCUUCUCCGUGUUUUCAAGGAAAUCCCCAAACAGUGUGUGUGAACUUUCUCAGAAUGCCUCUAAAUGUGAUUUCCAGCUAUAUGAAAUGAGUCAUGUCUUCUGCGUGAUUACUGAGCAUGUGUGUUAAAUAGCGCAGCUUGAAAGAAGCGUUUCAUCUUUAUAUUCUAAGGGAUGGACACCAAAUUCUGAAGUUUAAUGUCCAUCUUCUUGAGCGCUGAAACGUUUUUCUUGCUACCAAACUUCUGCGAACAUUUCGCCAUGUUGCGUUUUGCAGUUUUUCACUGAAUUUGAAAAAAGGAGAUUUAGCCAUAGAUGCAACAUCACUAAUUGGUGUUUUUGGUGAUAUUAAUCUGAGCUGAAACAUCAAUGCUUUUUGAGAUAUUCCCGAAUCACAGCUUUGCAAAUGUGAGGAUUUUCUGCAUUUUCUUUUCUUUGUAAAUGUGAUGUCUUCGGUCCGGCGAAACGAGACAUUUGAAGACGCCACUUUGGGCUUUGGGGCAGAGCUGCAGCUAACGGUUGUUUUACAGGAACGUUUAAUCGAUGAGUUGUUGUCAGAAAAGGGGGAAACUCUCAAUCAGUGUUGCCCAAAGCCCAAGAGGACGUCCUCCAAUGUCUUGUUUUGUCCACAACCCCAAAAAUAUUCAGUUUACUGUCAAAGAGGAAAGAAACCAGAAGAUAUUUACAUUUAAGAAGCUGGAAUCAGAGAACUUUAAUGAACUAUCAUCAGAACAGUGAGUGGUUAAUUUAAUACUUGACAACUAAUACAUUUAAUCAGAUUUUUCCAGUGUUUUUGGUCCAAACUACUGAUCUCCUAAUCUGAUAAUGAAUAUAAUCAUGAGAUUGAUCGGUAGUAAUAAUCUUGCAUUGAAGCGUUUUUGUUUUCCGUUAAGAAAACCUGCUGCAGCUCGUCCAGAAGAGUUCAGGAGGGGGGUUUGUUUCCUUGAUGAAGCCUUCAGAAGACAGACGCGACUCAAGUGCCUUUCAUUGCACCGACCGCUCCGUUUCUCAUCUACGCAAACUACCGACCAGACGACCGCACGGACCAUAGAACUACCAGCAUCCUUCUGCCUGUUCGUUGCCAUUCCAGUGUUAAAUCCCGAUUCUUCCAUUGGCUUGCUUCCUUCAUGCAGGUGUGUCUGACUCAUUGGUCCUGCCUCACAGAUCAGUGAUCGCUCUCUCAGCUCUGCUUGACUCAUAUCUGUAUUACAGAGCAAGUGCCAUGAUCUGGCUGCACUGCCUCCCCUCCACACCCUCCUCUUUGACAUUUCCUCCCGUGUGAAUCAACAUUUUUGUUUUGUUUUGUUUUACCCCGACUGAAUACAUCAGCCUUAAAGGAAAGGACUCUCUAGUAACUUCUCUAGUUGGUGUAGAUUAAAUAGGUUUAUUUGGUGUUUGCUUGCGCGUGUUAAAAAUCAAGGUCCGGUUUGUUUUCUUCUUGGUGUAAAAAACUGAAGUGCUCGAUAGGUUACUGUUUCACGAAUGUAGCAGUGUGUUUGUUGAUAUCUGCCCCACCCACCGUGUGUGUGAUUUGUAUUUUGUAAUGUCAAAAAUGAAUAAAAACGUGUGUAUGUUUGA